AUGACCAGCAGACAGCUUCCACUGUACUUUCAGCCGGUGGAUGCUCCUGUGGCCAAGGCUGUCAAGAAGCCCAUCCAGAGACAUCUGUGGUAUCUGACAGAGCCACUCAUUGUUCUCGGCCUCUUUGAUAGCCAUCUUGGAUGUGAUAUGAAAGCUGCCAUGGCUGUUCAGCUCCAGACUUCCUUGAAGCCACCAGUCUACACCCCUGGAAAGCCGACCUUUCCACGUACAGCUGUGCUUCUAGGGGAUACCAGCCUUACCUCCCUGGUGGGAACACAUUCCUGGCUGCUAUUCGACCUGCUGGGUGAGACUGGGCACUGGCUGGCCUUGCCCCCUGGCCACUGGGACAAGGAUGAUGAUUUUGCCAUUUGGGAUAGCCUAGUGGACGACUACCUGCCUGUACCAAAACCUGCAGAUUGGCAGGAGAUUGCUCAAGGAAUUAGGGAGAGGUGGAACUUCCCCAACUGUGUGGGGGCCAUGGAUGGGAAACACAUACUGAUCCAGGCACCACUGGUUGAUGUUGGGGCUUUUGGUAGGAGCAGUGAUGGAGGGACCCUUGCUGCCUCUGCCUUUGGAGAAGCUCUGCGGGAGGAGAAGCUGGGUCUCCCAGAAGAUGCUCCUCUUCCAGGUGCUGACCAUCUGGGAUCUUUGCCUCAUGUGUUUGUGGGAGAUGAGGCUUUUCCCCUCAGGAGGAAUCUGCUAAGGCCCUACCCUGGAAGACACCUUUCCCAACCAAAGAGCAUCUUCAACUACCGCCUAUCACGAGCCAGGCGAGUAGUUGAGAAUGCCUUUGGUAUCUUUGCUGCACAAUGGAGGAUCGACCACCGGGUAAUUGGGGUGUGCCCUGAAAAUGUGGAUGCCAUUGUGAAAGCCACGGUGGCCCUUCACAAUUUUCAGAGGUGGAACAACACAACAGAAGCCCCUGUCCCAGCGGAUGACCAGCCCAUCCCUGCUUUUAGAGAUGUGAGGAGAAUGGGUGCAAACAACUCUGCCCAACAGGCCACAGCUGUACGGGAGGCCUUCUGCAGCUACUUCUCCUCUCCCGCUGGUGAAGUUCCCUUGCAGAACACUUGAACAUCUGUCGUCUCUGCAACCCAC